GUUGUUAUGUUCGGAUUCGUGAGAGGGCGUCUAUAGCUGGUUCAAAAUUCUCCUUCUCUGUUCUUCUUUCCUGCUGCGGACAAGAAAUUCCAGCCAACUGCGCCAGGAAUAAAAAAGCCUGGCAGCUGCGGACGACCCAAAGCCAGACCUAGGCUGAACUUGGAGUCGUUGCUGGGCACGCCCCUAGUUAUAGUACUACGCCUUCUCACAUACCACCUUCCUGCGAUACCCCUUCGAGCUUUUUUCCUUUUCAAUACCCCAUCGUAUCUCUCAUGUCUCAACUCGCCCUUCCUGCGCACCAAGAAAACUAUGGCCACAAAGGCGACGACGACGACGACGUCGAGUACGAAGAGCUCGGGCUGCUCCCCGCAGAUAUCCCGCCUGUUCCCUCAUUUCGUGGCAUUCCAUUGAAAUACAUAUCACUCGUGACGUUGGCGGUUCAGAAUUCUCUCUUAACAUUAAUAAUGCACUAUUCUCGCGUGUCCAUUCCUCCAUCCCAAUCCUACUCUGCGCCAACCGCCGUUCUUCUGAACGAGCUUCUCAAAGGGUCCAUAUCACUCGCCAUUGCUUUCGCCCGUAUAAACCGUGUCACACCUUAUACGUCCGACACCCCACAGCUACCACUCACCGUCAGCCGCUUCUGGCAUCCUACAAAGAUUCUCUUACGCGUCCGACGACUUGGCAGAGAAGUCUUUUCGCCGGAUUGCUGGAAACUGUCGAUACCCGCCAUCCUAUAUGUCAUUCAGAAUAAUCUGCAGUAUGUUGCUGCCACCAAUUUAGAAGCCGCAACUUUCCAAGUCAGUUAUCAAAUGAAAAUACUUUCCACGGCGGCGUUUUCAGUCAUACUCCUGCGAAAGCAGUUAAGCGCCAGCCAAUGGCUAGCGCUGCUGUUCCUUGCUAUCGGAGUCGGCGUGGUGCAGAUACAGACUGGUGUGAGCGAUACGAGCAAGGCAUCCUCUCUGUUGUUCCAUGAGACCUCGAUGAACGCUCUGAAGGGAUUCCUCGCGGUGUUUGCCGCAUGUUUCACAUCCGGCCUCGCAGGUGUCUAUUUCGAAAUGGUUCUCAAAAAUUCUCAGUCCGAUCUUUGGAUCCGCAACGUGCAACUCUCCGCAUUCUCCCUCCUCCCUGCGCUUAUUCCCAUCGUCCUCUCACGACCGUCUGAAACGGGAUUCCUCAGUUCCUUGUUCGAGAACUUCGGAGCCUGGGCGUGGGCCACGGUUGCCAUUCAAGUGCUUGGUGGCCUGGUCACCGCCAUGGUCAUCAAGUAUUCUGACAACAUUCUCAAGGGCUUCGCCACAAGUUUGAGCAUCGUGAUCUCAUUCCUGGCGUCAGUUGCACUCUUCGACUUCCAAAUGACGUUCACGUUCAUCCUUGGCUCUGUCAUCGUUCUUAUCGCAACGUGGCUGUACAACCAGCCCGGGCGGAACCCUAGCACAUCGAGACUGGUGUACGUGGGCAAGAACUGAGCGUCAAAAGAUGAUAGAUAGCGCACAUUGGGACAUGCCACGUUUACGAGUUGGACACUUUCAGCCCGUUUAUCGUCACUCCGGGAGUACUCGGAACACUACUUAUUUACACCGAUUAGGACGGUCACUCUUGGUACAUUUGGACAUGCAUAUAGUUUG